AUGAGCGAAUACCUCAAGGACAUUCCAGAGUUUUAUGAAAGGGAGCUUGGUGAAAGCAUCAUUGCGAGAACAGAAGCUCUUGGCACCUUUCGCGAACUAGGCCCUCCCGACCUUUGCCAUAUCGUCAAGGCUAAUGCUAAGCCUGGUAUCCGCGAAGUUGGCAGCUACCAUUAUGUAUCGGGUGUCGAUGCUUCAUCAUCUGCAACACUUGCCGCUUACUUGAACUCGUUGACCUAUUCGAUGGAUGACUCUCAGUCAUGGUUCACCAAAUCCAACGCAUGGAGAAUUCGAUCCGGCAUCUAUUGCUGUUUUAACGCGUUCUCACGAGUGGAUGUUCGUGUCGAGGUCAAGAUUCCAGGUGGUGUCGAAAGCUAUUUUGUCGAUGUACGCGGUGAAAGACAUGAAGCGACAUCAGCUAUUUGGCAAGAAACAUACUUGUCAGCCGUAUUGCGCGCGAUUCUCUAUUCGGAUGACAGCUAUUAUCGUCUUGCUGGCUACCGUAAGAUCGAUCCUAUUACCGGUUUGCAAGGCGAAGCCAAGUUUUUGGAAGCUGUGGAAGCCUUGUUUUGGAAGGGUUGGCAACUGGGUAGCAAGCCUGAGAUUCAGGUGGCAACAUCGGUACACAACCAUUUGACAGCUGGUGUGAUGAAAUACUUUGGCGACAGCUUCCGUUAUGGACCCGCAAUUGAGCUCUUUGAGAAACUCCACAAAAAGGACCCUGAGGUGGGAGCUUUGCUUGCUGAAUCGUAUCUUGGUGCCAACGAAGAAAUCAAAGCCGUCAAGACCUUGUAUGAUGACUUGAAGUUGGCUUCGAUGAGCUAUCCACUUUUGCAUGUGCAGGUCGACUUUUUGAGAAACAAGGGAGAAUAUGAUAUGGCUUUGAAACUUGCCAAAUUUGCUGUUAACACGACACCUUCCGAGUUUUUGACAUGGGCCAAGUUGACAGAUGUGUAUAUCGACAUUGGCGACUAUCAAAGUGCUCUGCUUACGCUCAAUUCAUGCCCUAUGUUUACCUACAGCGAACGUGACAUGCAUCGCAUGCCGGCACCCAUGAGAACUCAUUUGCCCGUCAAACAAGAUAUCACGAAAUCGGGUAUUAUGGAAGAUGAUAUGACCAACCAGGAAGCUGAGCCUGAUCCGAACCUUGUACGUCUCCCAGCUCCUGCACUUCAUGGUACCUUUGCCAAGGCCUAUUCCUUGUUGACCAAGCUUGCCGCUCGAAUUGGAUGGGAUGAUCUUUUGAAAUGUCGUUCAGGUGUCUUUGUCAUGGAGGAAGAAUAUCGCGUGCUCAAGGCCAAGGAAGAGGAACGUAAGACCAGUGUGUCCCACACCAUGUCGUCAGCAGCCUCCAACAAGGAAUCAUCAGCCACUACAAACGCCACAACCCCUGCAGAAACUGUGGAUGGCGAGAAUAAGGAGGAAUUGUCAGAGAAGAUGGACAAUAUUGACUUGAAUGAGGACAAGGAUCAAGAGAAGGCUGAAGAAGAAGGAGGCGAGAAGCCUGAAUCAGAAGAAAAGCCAACCGAAGAAGAGCCAACGGAUGAAAAGCCAACAGAAGAAAAUGAAGAAAAGGAAUCCAAGCAAGAGACUGAGGAGGCUAAGGGUCCCAAGAUUGAAGAACCAUCCCUUGUGAGACCUGAGCAAGCAGCUGAAGAUAAGGAUGCCAAUGAAUCUUCCAAGAAGGCUGCUGCCGAUGCAAGCUUUUCAUUUGGCAAUAAGCGUCUUUGUGAACGUUGGUUGGAUAAUCUCUUUAUGGUGUUGUAUGAGGACUUGCGAGUGUACACUUUCUGGAGGACGGAAGCCGCUCAUUAUCGAUCUCAACAAAUGCCUUAUCGCAAGACUGGCACUGAAUGGGAAUUGUUGGGUGACUUGGCACUGAGAUUGUGGCACGAGAACGAAGCAAAGGAAUCGUAUGAGCUUUGUCUCGACCAAAAGUUCUCUGCCAAGGCAUGGAUGCGUCUUUUGGAAAUAUAUGCCAAGGAGGGUAACGUGCAAAAGGCUCUUUUGGCAGCUGUCAAAUUAACAGUGUAUCACGAGCGUUGGUAUCACGAGAUUGUGUAUCCCACCGAGAUUGCUUGCAACCUUAACAAGCUGAUUCGCAAGGAAGGCUUAUCAAAGAUGCAGAACAUUUUGACGUCAAUGAACCUCCCACGCUCAGUGCAGCUGCUGAUAACACGCUACUUUGACUAUGGAGAGUUGUUCAAGGUUGAAGGCUACGAAUUCUAA